UUUGGGUUAACGCAAAACGACGAGCCCUGGCCCCUGGCCGCUCGAAGCUUUCGACGCGACAGCCUUACGCAAAAACAGCAGCAGACGUGCGUUCUCCACGGCACACGCACAACGUGAUGACGCCGCAUCGAGUCGCCGGCUAGGCAGGGGCUGCCCCUCCAGCCGUACACAUAAGCAGCCGCCCCCGGGCCCGGUCACCGGCUAGACGAGACCGUACAGCACGAUGUGGCGCCGCGGCAAGCAGACCCGCCCGGGCCGGAUGUACCCCGACCCCGCCGGCGACGCGCGCGAGCAGGGCAACCUCGACGCGGUCGCGGCCCUCGCGUCGCCGACGUCGCCCACUUCGCAAAACUCCGACGAGGACACGGUGACAUUAGACACGACGAUCGCGCUCAACUCGGUCCGGGCGGAGAAUGAGAAUGAGGCCGACGCGAUCGAGACCUACGCGGACCUCGAGAAGACAAAUAGUUCGCAUAGACUGCUCUGCGAGGAGUGCGAGAAGCGGCCGGCGGUGGCCCGCUGCACGGCGUGCCAGGAAACAUUAUGUGCGCGAUGUUUCGUGCUGACGCACCCGCCGCGGCCGGGCGGCAACGAGCACGACCACCUGCGCCACGGCAAGGUGCGCGCGUUGUGUUUAGACGAUACGAGCGGCGCGCUCCAAGGCACGCGGCUGGGCACGCUCAACAAGGGCGGCGCGCGGCUGUGCCACGAGCUCGCGCACGGCAUGACCUCGGAGCUCACCGAGGCGGACCUCGAGGCGCGGGGCGUCGAUUUGACGGUGCCCGUGGCGCAGGAGGCGCCUUUGAUAAACUAUUGUGCGGGCGACGUGGAAAGGGACAUUCAUAAUGACGCGUGGCGCGCGGGGGAGGUCGUGCUAGUCAUUUCGGACGAGGCGGACCGCGAGGACGCUUCUUCAGAUGAGGACGCUCCUGUACGAUCGCCGGACAAGGCCGCGGGUGCUGGCGUCUUCGCGGCGCGGCGACGGCGGGGCCCGAAAUUGUUCCGGAGGAAACGAGAACGGUGGGGGCUUUUAGUUGAUGUACCUGAAAGAACGUACAAGGAACCGAGCCACGAGGAGAUCCACCAGCACCACACCCUGCCGAAGAAGCCUCCUGUCGUAGUAGGUGACGGCGCCGUGAGAUACUGUCGAGUGCAGAUCUGCGGGAGCUGUUCGGGGGAUUAUGUCCGCGAGUGCGACGCCGCGAGAGAUGAGCGUUUGAUUCAUCGGGUGAAGUUGGACGAUGCGAGGCGAUCGCGAACAGGCUUCGUGAACGCCGCGCGCGCGGGCUACGUGAAUGUGGAGUCCAGGGACUUCCGGGCGCCGUUACCUAUUCAAGUACCGGAAGAUCGACGCAUGGAAUUGGUGAGAGAAGAAUUUGUCGAAAGACCGGAAAUGAGGAGAGCUCUACUCGUCGAAGCGCGAAGAGUCGCCUGCAACCAAGUGCUGCGGGCCGUGGACCGGCGCUUCGCGAAUCAAAUCAAGCAGGGCUACGUCAACGACUGGCGCGCGAACGCGCGGCGCAUGCGCCGCGCUGAAAGAAACAGGUGCUCUUCGACCAUCCAGAGAAACUGGAAAAAUAUGAGGUGGUGGCGCCACAAGGAAGCCUUGGAGCAGGCGGCGGCCGACGCGGCCUACGAAGCCACCAGGCAGAUCCACCGCAAGUUUAAAUAUGUGACGGACCCAUCGAGGUUCUCGUCGUGCUAUACCACCGAUGGUUCGGUCUACUUCGAGACGCAAGUCGAGCUCAAUGAAUAUAUGGCCUGUCUUCGAGACAAGUGUAAAUUAGUGGCGGACAAGUGGACCGAAAGGGGCCAGAGGUUCGUCCAUUUGUACUUCCGGCACUGGCGCCAGGAAGCGCAGUUCUUAAGGGAUAAGGAGCUCGUGGGAGAAACGCACUUCGAAGGCCUCACCACCAACCAGCAGCUCGAACUGAAAGCAGCGAUCCAACGAGACAAAGAAGACAUGUUAAACCGGGCGCCGUGGCACCCGGCGUGCGGCAUCGAUCUGCCACCGUUGCCGGACAUGGGCGGCCAUAGAGGAAAAGCCAACGCAUUAAUUAUAGAUGAUGAAGACGUUCAUUUCAAUUUCAAGAUGAAGAUGAAGGGCCCCGCCGACGUGAGUAAUUGGGUCGUCCCCGGGCUGCUGUGCAUGGGCGCCUACCCGUCGGGGCCCAAGAGGUUAUGUGCUACCAGAGAUUUUGACUUCGAGGAGGACGAGAUCGGCUGCGCCGGUUCCAUUGUUUUUAACGGGGUUCGCGUGUUUGUUGAUUUGAUGCCAGAGGCGGAAGCGCGGAUCCAUGCCGAUUCACUGGGCGACCAGUGGCGGCGCAUCGAAUUGGCUGGUAAAAAGCUGCUGAUGGCCGAGGAAGAGGUCUCGAGGAAGGCCCAGCUCGUGUUCGGGGAGAAGUCGACGGACGAGCUCGGGGCCGUCACUUGUGCGCUCCAAGCUAUCCUCGAUCGAACCCAUACGGCCGAAAGUGGAGUGCUAGUGAAGGCCACGACGAACCACCUGUUUGCGGACCAAGCCGUAAAACGGUGCCCGCGCUACAAGCCCUGGGACGCUAGGUAUGAAGAAAGCGAAAAGGAGUACAACACGUGCAUGGCCAAGCUAAGACUGGCUAGGAAUGCGAUGGACGCCGCUAAACGUAGACUAAAAAAGCUGCCUCAUAGACUAAGGACGAUCCGCUACGCCGUCGAGCCCGAGAAGUGCGGCGACGAGGAGACGUUGAUCAGAGUCUGCGAGGCCAUCGAACACGAAUUAAGGCAGGGCGUCGGCGUCUACGUCUAUAGUCGGCUGGGGCACGGCCGCGCGGGCAUGGUCUGCGCUUUGGUGUUGGGACGGCUCUACGGGCUGACCGCGGCCGAGGCGCUAUUCCGCAUCCAGUGCUACCACGACUGUCGACGGUCUGUGGAAGUAGCGAAGCGCGCCUUUUCUUGUCCCCAAUCGCUCAGUCAGCGAUCUCUCGUCGAGCGGUGUUUGUUACAUACGGACCCUAUAUAUAACACCGUGGAACAAAAGUCGAGGUGGAAAGAUACGAAGUUCUCGGGCGCGCCCCGUAAUAAUGGCGUGCCGCAACUCGAGGAUUUGAAGCUGCGGGACGAGCCGCGCGACCCGCGGGACAACAAGUCGUGGCAGAUCCGGAAAAGUGAGAGGAGGCCCUGGCGGAGCCACGUCGUCGAGGAAGGUGCGAUUGUUCAAGUGGAGGAAGAACCGUCCGAGCGCAUGAAGAACGCCCACCCUGUAGAAGUCGUCCAGUCGCCGACGAUGCGGUCCUUACGACCUAGAACGGUCAAGCAGGAGCUGGAUCUCGCCAAAAAGAAGAAAUUCGUGAGGACGAAGCUACCCCGAGCCGAGAAGACCAUCGAGCGACUGGAGGAGGAGGAGGCCGAGCGCGCGCGCGCGAAGAGUCCUGCCCGUUUUACACCGAUCAGGCGGAAGUCGCGCGCGUCCUUCGACUCCGUGGAGAACUGGUAGUAACAAAAUGUCUGUGAAUUA